CAUUUAUGGGGAAGUGACAGCUAGUGGCAUCACCGUUAAAAAGGGAGCACCGUUUGCUUCGUUGCCAUCCUACCAUCCUUAUCUUCCAUCCAUUUCUUUCGACACACAACCACCUGCCUUUCUCUAAGAGCACAAUCGGCCAUGGAACCUCCUCCACACAAGUACGCAAAGGGACUUCGAGGCAAUGCUCUCCUAGCCGUUGUCGUCACGUUUUGUUCGCUCGGCUUCCUUCUCUUUGGCUAUGAUCAGGGAGUAAUGGGCGGGCUGGUGAUCAACCCCCUUUUCCUGGGUCUGGACGCGCGCCUUCAAGACCCAGACAUCCUUGGUAUCACCGUCGCCACUUUCCUUCUUGGUGGCUUGGCCGGGUCUAUCUUGGCGUCGACGCUCUCCAACAAGAUCGGAAGGAAACCCAUUGUGCUCUCUGCUUCGGUCCUGACCAUCAUCGGAGGUGCGGUUCAAAGCGCGGCCGUGAAUCUGGGCAUGCUCAUCUCCUUCCGAAUCAUUCUGGGUAUCGGCGUCGGUCUUAUGACGUCGCUAUGUCCUGCGCUCCUCCUCGAGUUCUGCCCAACAAGGAUCCGAGGUAUGGUGUCGUCUAUUGAACUCAUCCUGUGCGCCACAGGUCUUGUGCUUUCCUUUUGGGUCGAUUACGGCGCGGCGUCGUACACCUCCUCGUUUUCGUGGCGAUUUCCCCUCGCCCUCCAAGUCGCUUUCCCUCUUCUCAUGAUCCCUUUCGGCCUUCUGAUGCCCGAAUCUCCCCGUUACCUGGCGGCAAACCAUGAUGACGCAGGGGCGUUGGCUGUGCUCCAUCGCAUCUACCCAAACGACCCCAGCGAAGCCGAGCGUGUCAUGACGCAGCUUCAGGAAGCCAUCCGACUCGAGCACGAGGUCAGCCGAUCCUCGGGCUACUGGACAGCUUUCCAAAACAACAAGCAGCGAUUCAGGUACCGUACGCUGCUGGCGCUGGGCGUUCAAUUCUGCCAACAAUCGUCCGGCAUCAAUGUCGUCACAUACUACGGCACCUACGUCUUUUCCACGAGCUUGGGCCUGGAGCCCAAAGCUGCGUUGCUGAUGAAUGGAUGGAACGGAAUUCUGGCCGUUGGCUCGACGACCGUUUCCGUCCUGACCGGUCUCGUCGACAGUGUCGGAAGAAUCCGCCUCAUGAUGAUAGGUGCAGCCAUGAUGGGCAUCUCGAUGGCCAUCUUGGCCGGCACGACGGGGCCCCAGCACGCUGGCGACAAAAUGUAUGGCGCUGCCGGCACCGCAUUUAUCUUCAUCUUUCUCAGCUUCUUUUCGAGCUGCUGGCUUGCUCCGAGCUGGAUCUACCCUAGCGAGAUUGCCCCCCUCGCCAUUCGUGGUCAAGUGGCCUCGAUGGGCUCAGGUGUCAACCUGUUGUCCAACUUCGCUGUGGUGCAAAUCACACCCAAAGCGAUCCAGAACAUCUCAAACCGCUACUUCAUCGUCUUUGCCGUCUUCAAUGCUGUGACAGUCUUUGCCCUGUACUUCCUGUACCCGGAGACGUCACGACUGACGCUGGAAGAGAUCGACCUGCUGUGA